CUUCCUUUUACAUAACUGGUCUUUUUUUAUUAUAUUCUAUUCCGCAGUAAUAUUUGAGCCUACGGAUAGUGGGUAUACAGCUUUGAUCAAAUAUAUAUAUAAUAAAAGAACUCCUCCUUCCCGCACUGAUCGACAACUCAUCUUCUUCAGCUAGUUUUAAUCCCUUUGCACAAGUUGCAUUAUGGGUCUUUGGAUGCCCUUCUCCUCCAACAGAAAGCCAUGGGGGCUUCACUGGCGGUCAUCCGUUUGGUUCAUCACUACAGUCGUUGGAUUCGGCAUUACCACGGAUUUGUUGGUUUACUCCAUCAUCAUCCCCGUCUUACCAUUUCAACUCGAGCGUUUGUCAUACCAUAAGGUUUCGUCGCUCACAGGGUGGCUAUUAUGUGCAUAUUCCGGCGGGCUAGUCCUUUCCACAAUCCCUAUUGCUAUGCACUCGGAACGAUAUUCAAUGAGACGAAUACCAUUGAUUCUCGGCCUCAUUGCGCUCAUUGGCUCCCAGGUUAUGUUCAUGGAGGCCCCUAAUUACGCAGUCAUGGCCGUCGCUCGCGUGUUGCAAGGAAUCAGUUCCUCCAUGGUAUGGAUCGUAGGCUUGGCACUUUUGUGUGAUACUACGCCAGAGAAAAACGUUGGCAAACAAUUGGGUAUCGCGAUGACUGGCCUGUCCGUCGGUCUUCUGGUUGGUUCACCCGCAGGCGGUGCCUUGUACACUCGCUUCGGCUUCCGCGCCCCAUUCAUCUUCGGAUCGAUAUGUGCAGUUGUCGAUCUUUUCCUCCGUCUUCUUCUCAUCGAAAGGAACGUCGCAUUGAAAUGGGGCUAUGACCCAUCGGAACCCACAGCCGUAGUGAUGAAAGAGGCGCAGGACGCUUCUUCUACACCUGAUAUACAGCUCUCCUCUAUCCCAGUAGCUCAUGUGCAUGGAAGCACUGAUACCGAAACCAAUGAAAUAGAAGAGCCGAUAGUUCCGGACAAGUCCAGACUACCCAAUGCACGGAAGCUGUCCAUAGCCCGCGGAUCAAUCAUUGACCCGGCACUCGCUCGGAGGUCAACACCAUUACUGUCAGUGAUUAUCAAACUAUCGCAGUCACCUCGCGCGUUGGUCGCUCUAACCAUGGCAUUCGUAUAUGGACUUGUACAGAGCAUGCAAGAGCCAUCCCUUCCGCUUCAUCUCCAAGCUGUGUGGAAUUUUAACUCGGACCGGGUAGGCCUUGCCUACCUGGCAGCAGUCGUCCCAGCCUUGAUUUCGUCACCGUUAGCAGGUUUUUACGUUGAUCGAGCGGGUUCCGACUAUAUAACAUGUAUAUGUCUGCUCCUGGCGCUGCCGUGGUGGAUUGUCAUGACCCUACGGUUUUCUCUACCGCUGUUCAUCUUUGCUCUCGCCGCUCAAUGCUUCUUCGUCUCUGGUGUUGUCGCACCAGUGACGACUGAACUUGCAUCUGUCUCUCGAAAAAUGGCAGGUGUUGGAUAUGCCCAUGUCUAUGGCGCAUUUAAUCUUGCAUUCGGGAUUGGUACAGCAGUGGGUCCUGUGAUCGGAGGACAGAUAUAUGAUCGUGCGAGACAUGGAUGGACUGCGCUUUGUUGCAUCACCUCAGCGCUUAUCGUCGUCUGCGUCACCCUCGCGUUCUGCUAUACCGGUGCUGAUCCUUUACUUGCCAAAGUCCUGCGUCAUCAUUACCCAAUCGAUUCAAUACGAAAGAACCCAGACGAAGAAUCUAGUACCACUGAUAAUACUAGCAGGACUCAUAUUGUCAGUAGAGUUAGAGAUUGAUUUUACAUCACGGACAUUUUUUAUAUUAUAGAUAUCCCUAUUCACUUGGAAAUUCAUAUGUAGUAGUACCAUACAGUAGCAUAUAGGCCAGUGGACGAUAGGGAACACUACAUAUUCUAACCACAGUGAAAUAUUUGAUUUCAUAUUGCAAUUG